AUGCGGCCGGCCGGGCGGCUCGCGAGCGGAGCGGCGCUGUGGCUGCUGCUGGCGGCCCGGGCGGUGGCGGCGAUCGAGCCCAUCAGCAUGGCCAUCGCCGUCGGGGCCGCGUCCAUCAUCACCGGCUACUUCUCCUACUGCCGCUUCGCCGAGUGCUGCCCCGAGCAGCGGCCGCUCAACGCGACGGCCCUGCAGCUGGCGUUGGAGGAGAAGCUGUUUGGGCAGCACCUGGCCACGGAGGUGAUUCUCAAGGCGCUGACCAGCUUCAGGAACAACGACAACCCCAAGAAACCGCUGACCCUCUCCCUACACGGCUGGGCCGGCACAGGCAAGAACUUUGUGAGCCAAAUCGUGGCUGAACACCUUCAUGCAAAAGGCCUGAAGAGCAACUUUGUCCACCUGUUUGUGUCGACUCUGCACUUCCCUCACGAGCAGCAGAUAACCCUGUACCAGGACCAGUUACGGAAGUGGAUCCGGGGCAACGUGAGUGCCUGCGCCAGCUCCGUGUUCAUCUUCGAUGAGAUGGACAAGCUGCACCCUGGGGUCAUCGACGCCAUCAAGCCGUUUCUGGACUACUACGAGCAGCUGGACAGCGUGUCCUACCGGAAGGCCGUCUUCAUCUUCCUCAGCAACGCAGGCGGGGACCUCAUCACGCAGACGGCCCUGGGGUUCUGGCGGGCGGGCCGGAAGCGGGAGGACAUCCAGCUGAAGGACCUGGAGCCCGUGCUGUCGGUGGGAGUCUUCAACAACAAGCACAGUGGCCUGUGGCGCAGUGGGCUGAUCGACAAGAACCUCAUCGACUACUUCAUCCCCUUCCUGCCGCUGGAGUACUCGCACGUGAAGAUGUGCGUGCGCGCAGAGAUGAGGGCCCGCGGCGCCGCCGUGGACGAGGACGUUGUCACCAGGGUGGCGGAGGAAAUGACCUUUUUCCCCAAAGACGAGAAAAUCUACUCCGACCGGGGCUGUAAGACUGUGCAGUCGCGGCUGGACAUCCUGUGA